ACCUCCAGAAGAAGAGUUGGCGUUGGCGGUGACGUCAUCAACACGAGACCGCCACCAAAUCCGUUGUAGUCCGGUGUAAACAGCUGGAGGCUCUCUUUUCACUAACAGCGACAAAGGCGCGUUGUUUUAUUAAGACUCUACUUCUUUCUUCUACUUGUUAAAAGUAUAUUUCACACAGCGGUAAAGUUGCGGCUGCCCAGCCGGUCCUCUGCGCUCCUGAAGCGGAGGUAGUGAUUAGAUCCACGCCGUCAAGGGUCACUUUGGUAAUGGAGGGGCCGCCGCCGCUCCCGCCUGAACUUUGGGUGUACGUGUUCAGUUACCUAAGCACGGAGGAGAAGCACACCGUCCGCACCUGCUGUAGACACCUGAAGAAACUCGUGGACCACCCGUCCCUGUGGCGGGACUACACGGUGGUCCUGUCCGAGCUACGCCGCUACACCUACGGCUUCUGGUACACUUUGAACCGCCGCAAACUCACCCGAGUGGCGGUGCGUCACCUGCGGCGUAAAGAGUGGCGACGCCUCGUCAAGUUCCUCCCGUCCCUCACGGCCAUUGUAUUUGUAGACGGAGGACGUCAGUACAAAGAAAAAUAUUUGGACAACUUGUCCAGGUUUCCCGAACUGCGAGACCUCGGGGUACGGAACGCCACUUGGGAUCAACGGCUGUUGGGGGACAGUCUCAUCGAGCAUCUCCGGGAGCGGCUGACGCACCUCAGCGUGUGCAACGUCCGGCUGCCCUGCACGGUGGGCUUCAUCAACGCGGUGGCGCGUCUGGUCAACCUGCGGUACCUGCUCUUUCACCAGCAGGGUGAGGGCUACGGGCUGGACACGGUGAGGCCGGUGCCCCGCGGCGUCUUCCACAACCUGCUGCUGAACCUGAAGAAACUCAAACACCUGUCGUGGGGUAUGAAGGGGGAGCCACCAGAACCGCUCCCUCAGGAUUAUCUCAGCCCUCCGGACCCGGACCAGCAAGGAGCUUCAUAUGGCGGCCCAACGCUGACGAGUCUGGAGCUGGUGGAUUAUCCAGAAACCACCCUUCCUGAGAACGCACUGAGGAGCCUGACCUCGCUCAGGUCCCUGACGGUCCGCUACAGGUACAUCAGAGAGGGCAUAGAGUGUCGCCUUGGGUCCUGGCUGAGUCCUUUACAGCAGCUGGAAUCUCUCACCAUCAUCGGAGGAAAUUCUCUUGCCACCUACACAACCAGCAUCCCAUCCACUGUGACCAGACUAAGGCUGCGAGUGGCCAUAACCCUGAAAGACAUGGACUCCAUCGCACCCAAAGUUCCAGGUCUGGAGCACCUGGACAUCGAGCAGAACCGCUCCAGUGGAAGCCUCUGCAGACGAAUCCCCAUGCUGUUUCCUCAGCUCAGGACUCUCAGGAUACGAUUUUUCCGGCGGGAACCAGAAAAAGACCUGCUGAGCCUCCACAAGCUGCGACACCUGGUGCAGCUGGAGCUGCUGGUGGAGCGCUCCUUCAUCCUGAGAGAUUACCUCAACGGCCACCCCUGGCCCAGCCCCGGCGUACAGGAGCUCAUCAACGAGCUCCGGGAGCUGUCUGAGAACAGGAUCACCGUCAUCACCACCAUGCGACAGAGAAACCCUCUUCGGGAAUGCGACUGUGUGUGGGAGGGGGACUGAGCCGGAGAAGUCCUUUAGAGCAUCGCCAGACCAGCCAGCAGCGAGUCUGAAAGCAUCGGCGGAUGCUGGUGCCACUUGUCUUACGACUUCAGGACAGUGGAUCUACUCGCUGAGGCCAGAUGUGGUCUUUGUUAGACCUUGAAACAAAGUAUGGAGCAGUGAUGGGUUCAGUUAGCUGCUUACAAACUGAUAAAAACUCUUCACCUGCUCCGGCAUAAUCAGGAAGAGAAAUAAAAAUAGAAGAUCUACUCAACAAACAUGAGAGCUGUUUUCUCUGCAGCCGAUGGCUUGAGGAGCUGGAAGCGUCCCGGGACAGCUGCCGAUGAGUCUCGAGUCUUUUCAUCCUCUAAAACCAGCAGGAAGGACAGAAACCCGCCUCCCUGUUGCUUCACAAACCAGUCAGAAAUGCAGCAACAGUCUGACUUUAUUUCAACAGUAGCUGGACAUGAAGGUGGGUUGGAGGGAGGCCCAGGCUGCAGGGCCUCAGGCCGGGACUCGAACCUUGGCCGGCUGCCGCCGUAGCCUCUAUGCGUGGUGAACACAUCCCUGAAAACGUAAAGUUAGACGGUUUUCCUUGGCAGAAGGAAGCACAUGAGAUUUCUUUUCCUGUUGAAUCUUUUUCUUAUUCAGAAGUAGAAAAAAAUCGAUUAGCAGGUGGCAUUACUUCAGCCUCCUGGUUCCAGUAGAAACUUACAUCAGACAAAAUUCAAUCGUUUUUACGUGUAUUCUUGUUUUUAUCAGUUAUUUUAGGGGAACAAUUGGAAUCAUAGCUGGAGUACCCGUCGGAUGUCAGCUGGUCAUUUAUUAUAAAGCACAUCGGGAAAACAUCCAGUUUAACAUUAACAUCAUAAAUGGGGAAAGUUUUACAUUGCAAACAUUUCAAUAUUCAUUAAAUUAAAGUGGAAGGAUGCCAACAUGAGUCAAAUGAAUGAGGAAACGCGUGCAGUGACCUUCCUCACAUUCUCAGCACACGCACGGCGCACAUGCACUGCACAUCCACAAGCACAUGCAUGGUGAUAGAUUGUGUCGGCGGGUCUGGGAUCUGCUGGCGGGUCUGGGACAUGUCGGCGGGUCUGGGACGUAUCGGCAGGUCUGGUGCCGGCGGGUCUGGGACGUGUCGUAGGGUCGGGAUCUGCCGGCGGGUCUGGGACGUGCAGGCAGGUCUGGGACGUGUCAGCGGGUCUGGGACUUGUCAGGAAGUCUGGGACAAGUCGUAGGGUCUUGGAUCUGCCGGCGGGUCUGGGACGUGUCGGCGGGUCUGGGACAUGUCUUAAGGUCUGGGACGUGUCGGAGUGUCUGGGAUGUAUCGGCGGGUCUGGGAUCUGCCUAGGACAUGCAAACGGGUCUGGGAUCUGCCAGCAGGUCUGGGACGUGUCGGCGGAUCUGGGACAUUCCGAUGGGUCUGGGAUCUGCCAGCAGGUCUGGGACAUGUCGGCGGGUCUGGGACGUAUCGGCAGGUCUGGUGCCGGCGGGUCUGGGACGUGUCAACGGGUCUGGGAUCUGCCAGCAGGUCGGGGAUGUGUCGGCGGGUCUUGGACGUGUUGGUGGGUCUUGGACGUGUUGACGGGUAUUGGACAUAUCGGCGGGUCUGGGAUCUGCCGGCAGGUCUGGGAUGUGUCACGGGGUCUGGGACAAGUCGUAGGGUCUGGGAUCUGCCAGCGGGUCUGGGACGUGUCGGAGUGUCUAGGACAUGUCGGCGGCUCUGGGACGUGUCACGGGGUCUGGGAUCUGCCAGCGGGUCUGGGACGUGUCGGAGUGUCUAGGACAUGUCGGCGGCCCUGGGACGUGUCACGGGGUCUGGGAUCUGCCAGCGGGUCUGGGACGUGUCGGAGUGUCUAGGACAUGUCGGCGGCCCUGGGACGUGUCACGGGGUCUGGGAUCUGCCGGCGGGUCUGGGACAUGUCGGCGGGUCUGGGACGUUCCGAUGGGGCUGGGAUCUGCCAGCAGGUCUGGGACUUGUCGGCGGGUGUGGGAUCUGCCGGCGGGUGUGGGAAGUGUCGGCGGGUCUGGGAUUUGCCGGCGGGUCUGGGAAGUGCCGGUGGGUCUGGGAUCUGCUGGCGGGUCUGGGAUCUGCUGGCGGGUCUGGGACGUGUCGUGCAGGCAGGUCUAUGGCGUGUCGGCUGGUCUGGGACGUGUCGGCGGGUCUGGGAUCCGCCUGGGACAUGCCAACGGGCCUGGGAUUUGCCAGCAGGUCUGGGACAUGUCGGCGGGUCUGGGAUCUGCCAGCAGGUCUGGGACGUGUGGGCAGGUCUGCGACAUGCCGGCGGGUCUGGGAUUUGCCAGCAGGUCUGGGACAUGUUGGCGGGUCUGGGACGUGUCGUGCAAGCGGGUCUGGGAUGUGUUGCCGGGUCUGGGACGCGUCGGCGGGUCUGGGAUCUGCCAGCGGGAUGGGUAACGCUGGGUGGGCCAGUGGGCCCUCCUGCCACCGGGAGCUUGGGCUGUUUUCGGUAUCCUGGCUCAUCAUCCUCACUGGAGGCAAGGAUGGGUCACUGAGCUCCUCCAUCAGAUGGAGCUCGUCAUUUCUCCCGCAUUCAUUCGUUGGAGCGCAGCCAGGCUGCUUCUGCUUCUUCUCACCAUUUCUUCGAUCAGUGGCUGGCCUCCCAGCUGAGGCGACGUGAUGGGAUGUUAUCAUCUGACCAGAUUAUUAAAGGGUUAUGUCUGGAUUAGCUAGUCAUCAGGCUAAAUCAAAUAAAUUAAGGUAUCCGUCAUUUAUUGGUGCCACAAACCGGUUGCCUAGCAACGCUGACACUGAGUCGGUUUUCCGUAGUGAUUCUUGGUAUAAAUUAUCAGUCUUUUUAUUUUGUACCACAGACAUCCCAAAUUCACAAUAUGACAAAACGAGUCAUUUCAGGUAAAGUUAUGAAGUUUGAGCGAGAUGAGGUUAAAUUUAGGAGCUACGUGAGGCCGAAAAUGGAAAGAGGGUCAAAAGGAGUCCCUGGUGGUUCGAGUGUUGCUGAAGAGUCAGAAACCGUUUGGCUGUAGCUGCAGAUGGAAAUUUCAAAAGCAUCUUUAAACCAGUUUGCCACAUUUUCUUUGCUCAUGUUUCCACUGGUUUUAGUGUUAAAAUGAAAGUUAUAUUUGGGUAUUCGGACGCUGCAGCGAAUUUCUCUCCCUCUGGAAGAGGAAGUAAAUAAAGAUUCAUAAUGACUGAAU